UGUUUUUGAAGCAGGGAGGUGGCUUAAUGGCUAGCACGUUUGCCUCGCAUCUCCAGGAUUGGGGUUUGAAUUCCACCUGUGUGCGCAGAGCUUGCAUGUUCUCCCCGUGCUUUGGGGGUUCCUCCGGGUGCUCUGGUUUCCUCCCCCAGUCCAAAGUCAUGCAUUGUAGGCUGAUUGGCAUUUCUAAAUUGUACAUAGAGUGUGAUUGUGUAGGCUCCAGGCACAAUCGACCAGGGUGUCCAUCGCCUUCUACCAUGGGUUCUCUAGGAUAGGCUCCAGGUUCCCUGUGACCCUGUGUACGAUGAGUGGAUGGAUGGAACCUGAGUGACCUGAGAGGGUAUUUUACCUCCAUCAAUCUGGCAACCAGGCUCGGUGUCCAAACAGAAGCUCGGAGCUGUAAUGUGGCGUUGAAGCGGAGCAGAAAGGCGUGCUGUUAGAAACACCGCGCUUUCUCUCUUUCUCUCUCUUGUUUCAGCAGGAUGUGGGCAGCUUGUACGGAAAUGCUUUCCAACUGGACAGGAGUUAAGUUUGAGACGCGAUAUCUGAUAAAUGAGUAGUCAGAUUAGCGUGCACUUAGGAGAUAAAAGUCCACACCUCAUCCACAUGCGGUUAAAGUCGAUCCACAGAGACCUCGUUCUAAAUCACAGCAGGUGAGAGCAGUCGGAUAUCACGCCGGUUAUAAACUGCAGAGGAUAUCCAGACAGAUGGCCACGCCCUUUGUGCCAGUGCCUGUGCCCAUCGAUCAAGUUCUUUCAGCCUCCUCCGGUGCCAGACGGCCCAAACGGGCAUCGAGCGUGGGCAGUGCGUCCAGCAGUUCGGAGUCUUCUUCCACUAAAGGUGCAGUGGAAGACAGUGGUUUAGGGAGAAGCGGGAAUGUGAGCUGCUUCAUUGCUUCGUGUCAGAGUCCUGUAACAAAGGCCAGGGUGAACGGAGUCGAGUCCACAGUGGAGUAUUCCAGCUGCGUAAGGCCGGAUACGCCAACAGACGCACUCGGAUGGGAGGAGAGACCCAUAACUCCCACCGUGCUCGGCUACGAGGUCAUGGAGGAGAGAGCGAAGUUCACGGUGUAUAAGAUUCUGGUGAAGAGGACGCAGGACGAGAGCUGGGUGGUGUUCCGGCGUUACACCGACUUUUCCAGACUCAAUGACAAGUUAAAGGAAAUGUUUCCCGGGUUCCGUCUCGCCCUACCACCUAAACGCUGGUUUAAAGAUAACUACGACACUGACUUCCUGGAGGACAGACAGUUAGGCCUGCAGGCCUUUCUACAGAAUCUGGUGGCUCACAAAGACAUCGCUAACUGUGUUCCAGUGCGAGAGUUCCUUUGUCUGGACGAGCCUCCGGGACCUUUCGACAGUCUCGAGGAGAGUCGGGCGUUCUGCGAGACUCUGGAGGAGGGUAAUUAUCGGCUGCAGAAGGAACUGCUGGAGAAGCAGAAAGAGAUCAGUUCCUUAAAGAAGAUUUUGGAGGAGAAAGAGCUGUACAUACACCUGCUCGAGAAGAGGAUCAAUGGUGAGUCUCUGACUCCGGAGAGCCCGUACGGUCUGUCUGCUCAGGGCAGUGAGAGCAGCGUGGAUGCAGAGAGCUCGACCGCUGAGGCAGACCAAGACAUGCCAGAGGAGACGGGCAGCUGUGAGCACCAGGCAUCACGGAGCUCCUCAGCGUGUUGGUGUGGUCCGACCAUUAGCAGCUCACCUCCGGUCAUCCAGGUCACUCAGGUGGAGCAGUGAAUCAGAACCAAGACUGGACCCUCUCUCUCUCUCUCUCUCUCUCUCUCUCUCUCUCUCUCUCUCUCUCUCUCUCUCUCCCCCCCCCCUUUCUAUCUCUCUUCCCCAAGUUCUUGCACUCUCUCUUAACUUCAUAGUCGAUCAUCUCAGACACCGAGAGAUGCGUUUCUUCUAUACACAGUUUAGAGAGAGAGAGAGAGAGAUGAAUUGGCAUGUUAUGGGGGAGCUGAAACCUGGUCCACUCCCUGUAGAGACAGAAGAACUUCUGAGCAUUAAGUUGGAUUAUCUGAAUCUGCACCGAGAGAUGUUAUUGAAUUUUUAACUUCUCAUGCAGAGGUGCCAACAUGUACAGUUUUGCCAUAACAUUUACGAUUUUUAACCUUUCAUCAAUACAGGAGAUGCUUAGGGUUGUUUUCUCUUCCUUCCUAAUCGCAUGAAGCAGAAGUCCAAACAAACGUGAAUAAAAUUCACCAAUUCCCUCAAGUUGACAGGACGUGAAGAACGCGCUUUAGCUUCUGGUAGCGUUGCCUCUGGUAAAAGACACUUUAACGAUGUGAACUUCGACACGCGAAUUCACGAGCCUCCGCCUCGGGAGCCGAUAGAAAAGAAGGCGGCGGGUCCGUGUGAAAAAUGAAGAAGUUGCUUGUUAUUAAGUAGCACUCACAGCAGACUUUAGCUUUUCUGUUUCCAUCUUGGGAAUUAAACUGACACUAGCACUUCUGCUUGCUAGGAUUUUCUUGUUAAUAAUGUUGGCACCUUUGUAUCAAGACACUUCACCGUGUGACAAUCCAGAGAGAGUAACUGCCUUCGGUCCAGAAACACAGCGGAGUGAAGCCGCCAUGUGGCUAACGCAGUUACUGCAGUCAUCUACUCAGGAAGGACAGACUGUUUCCCCUGUGCUGCUGUUGGUGUUUCAUCAGGGCUAUGAACUGAUGUCUGAAUAUUCCAGUUGGCAUUUCAUUCCCAGCUGGUAGACGCUCUGGAUUUAAUGCUUCCUUGUUUGAGUUUUGCCUUUCGUGUCAUGUCGUGUCACUUCGCACUGCCGUUGCCUCAUUCACAAUAGAAAUGCAGUUCAUCGGUGUAUAGGAGUGAAAAAUUACGCAUUGAUAAGCCUGAAGUCAUUUUUAUUAUUAUUAUUAUUAUUAAUUUCAGACGCGUUAAUUUCUCGUUGCUACGUUUUGCCUCGGUCAUUGUGAGAUCCUGAACACGAAGUAAACUUUAGCUGUAAACAUGCUGCAAGUUGUUUCAAAAAAAAAACAAAACAACCCCCGAUAAUCUGCUCACUUGAUUAAUCAGAUCAGAUGUCGGAAUUGCUCUGGAAGGGAGCAGAGCUAAUGAUCGUUGUUCUCAAUUAUUUCAAAGUGUUUAGUCUUUUUGUCAAGUGACUUGACUGUUUUUCUUUUCUUUUUCUACGCCUCAAAUUGAUUAGAUCUGUUCUGUUCUGGUCAGUCAGUAGUGAUCGUUGUGCUACAAUGCAUACAAUUUGCCACCGACAAACUUUUAGGUGAAGGAUGUCACCUUAAGUGUCAAUAUAAGUCAUGGAAAAAGAAACAUAGAACACUAAUAACCUAAAAAAAAAAAAGAAAAAAACGCUAGAGCGUCCGCACCACCGUUUGUGCUAGACGUGUGUUAAUGUGUAAAUAUGUUUAAAUGGUCACUCUCGCAGCUAUUUGUUAGAGCAGGUACCACAUUGCGUUUAAGGCAUUCGCUGCUUGUAAAUGGUCACAUCGGGUCACGUGUUGCACUUUAAUAUCUGCUGGGAUUGUGGGAUACGGUGUGUUUUAAGCUAGCAGGCGAAGCUUCCGUGUGUUUGAACGCUACAUAUAGCUUCAAAUGAAGUACAGUGCCUUUAUCUGCAUCUUAUAUAUAUUUGUGUCUACACACUUAUUUUAAUUGUGUGUCUUUAUGUGUGUGCGCGCACAAAUGUGCAGAUUCUUCCGAAAUCAACUUCCCUGCUAACAUAGUGCCUUCUUCCCGUUAUUGUCAUUUUAAAUACCCGAUGUUGUGAUUGUUUUUUGUUGUUUUGUUUGUUUUUGCUCUGUUUUCUCUUCCUUUAGGGUUGAUGCUAAAUGACCAAAUGGCUGUUGGGGUGACUUUAGACUUUUAAAUGAUCCAGAUAAUCCUCAUCUGUGGUCAAAGCAUUAACGAGGCUACUGACAAAUAGGGUCACUCACCCGUUAUUGUUUUUCCUGGGAUCAUACUCUUUCCGUAUUUAACUAAACUGCACAUUUAAUGUUUUCACGUUGUUGUACAUGGGAAUAAAUCGAUCCGAUCCACGUGUAGGUCGAUUGUUUACUCCUAGGCAACGGUCUCUAUGUAAAAUGUGCAAAAAUAAAUAAAUGAAUCUUAUGCAACGGUUCAGUAGAUGCAAUUAAAAAUGUUGAAACGUUCUCUUGGUUCAUCUUGACCUUUUUUUUCCUUCACGUUUGUCUUAUUUAGCCAUAGACGAAUAUUCUUUUGUUUUCUCAUUGAAAUGUAACACUUGAAAAAAGGAUUGUGGUUUUAAAUUAGCAUUCUUUUUUUUUUUUUUUUUUUUUUUUUUUUUGCAGAUCUUAUAGAAAUAUAGGCGUUUAGUUCACAUGGUAACAAAGUCUAUUAUCUGUUGAGGGAUAAUAAAAGCUUUCAGAAGUAUUUUCAGUUUGUCGUAACUUGUUUGUUUCUUACUACAUCCUUCUUUAUUGUUGCAGAGCGGUUUUGCCACUAGGUGGCAGUAGUUACAUGCCUAAACCCCCUCCUGGAGAAUUAUUGAUUAUUUAAUUCAUUGUUUUAUAUUAUUAAGGAAUGCAUUACACGCUUGUUGUGUUGUUGAUUAAACGGAUGCGGUGUGUUUUAUCUGUAGUGAAAGGCAGAAAGUAAUGAUCAGUUUUAUAUGAUCAUGAACACACCACAACCCAAAACUCCUGCGUGAGCUGGAAGAGGAGCUCGUGAUGAUCCUGAUUUUGGGGAGUUUUCCUUCUGAAAUAAUUAUACUGGGACAGAAUGAAUCCCUUUCCUACAUUUGAAUUCAUCUUCAGUAUCCUGGUCAUGGCUUUCGUGGAACUGGUCCCUGUCACUGGGAGCAAGACGGGAAUACACCUGAUGGAUAAGGAUGAAUGGGUGGAUUCAUGGACUUUGGGGUAAAAUAUCCGCUGUGGUAGGCAAAGAACAUUAUGAACACUCCUCAAGGUUCGACAUGAUGUGUGUCUUGUCAUGCUU